GUAUCAACUUAAUGUCUCUCAAGUUUCUCAAAAACACAACAGAUGGUGGUCUUAUGAUAUGAAUACCCUCCAAGUUCUAAUUCUAAUAUGUUAAGUAUAUUUCUUUUCCAAAAAUGUUAUAGUGAAUACUCUCGCAUCUCUGACUUUCUUGUUGCCGACUCUUUGUAUGUAGUUCAACUUCUCAAUUAAAUAAUUCAUCAGAGUUCAGAAAGUCAAUUUAUAAUACACUACAGAAUUUAUAGAAUUAUGAUUGAUUGUAAUCAAUAACUCAAUUAGUUUAGUAGAAUUUAAAAAUAUGCCUUCCCUUUGACUUAUGAAUAAUAGUCACAGGCUAAGCUCAAGAUAUGGGGUUUUAUGGAAGAAUCAAGCCUCCAAAUCUUCUCCAAUACAGAAACUAGUCGUAAAACGAAAGUGUUUUAUCAAAGGUGCUGUUCAAGAAUGGUAG